AGUACAAUGAAACGGCAAAAGAGCCCGGCAUCAAUGAGCUUGAAUGCCUUGCAGCAGAGAGGCUGGCGACAAAGGUCAAUUGUCCUGGCUGCUGUUGCACUCGUGGGCCUGGAGACAGCAUUUGUGAAUUGUCAUAGAGGGCUGGAGCGGCCGAUCGUGUCGGUCAAGGCCAAGAAAAAGAAGGCUGUGGAGCCUGAUCUCAAGAUCACUCCUCGAUCGGAGGACUGGUCCGCAUGGUACCUGGAUGUCAUUGCAGCUGGUGAUUUACUGGAUGACGCCCCUGUGCGCGGAUGUAAGAUUUUCAAGCCGAAUGGCUUCGCGGUGUGGGAAGGCAUUCAACGGCUUCUUGAUCCAAAGAUCAAGGAGAUGGGCGUUCAGAAUGCCUACUUUCCGCUUCUUAUCCCGGUGAGCUUCCUGAGCAAGGAGGCGAGUCAUGUGGACGGUUUCGCCAAGGAGUGCGCAGUGGUGACGCACUACAGGUUGCGCGGCGUUUCAGAGGCCAACAAUGCCACUGGAGCGUUGGUGGAGGUGGACCCCGAGAGCAAGUUGACAGAUCCAUAUGUCGUUCGUCCCACGUCCGAGACUGUGGUUUGGCAUAUGUACGGCAAAUGGAUCAGCAGCUACCGAGAUUUGCCGCUGAAGAUGAACCAGUGGGCCAACGUGCUCAGAUGGGAAAUGAGGACGCGACCCUUCUUGCGGAGCUCGGAGUUCCUGUGGCAAGAAGGUCACACCGCGCACGCGACGAAGGAGGAGGCAAACAAACAAGCACGAGAAGUACUCGACGUGUACUUGGAGCUUGCUGAGGAUGAGUUGUGCCUGCCCAUCAUCCCUGGCCGCAAGUCUAACAACGAGCGCUUUGCUGGCGCAGACGAGACUUACACCAUCGAGGCUCUGACUCCGAAUGGCAUGGCGAUUCAGGCAGGGACCUCCCAUUUCUUGGGCCAGAACUUUGCCAAGGCCUUCGAUGUGACGUAUCUCUCUGAAGAUCAGAAGUCGGAGUUUGUCUGGGCGUCCUCAUGGGGCGUGUCGACUCGUCUCAUUGGCGCAGUGAUCAUGGUCCAUUCGGACGAUGACGGCCUGCUGUUGCCUCCUGCGUUGUCUGCCGUUCAAGUGGUCAUUGUGCCCUUGUAUUCCAAGGAUGCAACGCAGCAGGAAGCGAUUCUCGAUGCAGCCUCUUCCUUGAGAAAGUCGCUGGUGGCGGCAGGAACCAGAGUCCAUGUGGAUGAGCGCUUAAGUAUGAAGCCUGGGGCCAAGUACUUCGAGUGGGAGCGCAGGGGGGUGCCCCUGAGACUGGAGCUGGGCGCCCGUGACCUGGAGAAAGGCACUGCCAUGGGAAAGCUGCGCACCGGUGGUGACAAGUUCCCCGUGCCCUUGCAAGAGGCUGUGCCUGAGGUUCAGAAGGCGCUGCUGUCCAUGAAGAAGCAGCUGCAGGACCGCUCCGCGCAGCUCAAGCAAGAGCUCACCUUCCGCAUUGAGUCCCGAUCCGACCUCGAUGCGCGAUUGAAGGAGAAGGCGACCGGCAUGCUGCUGGUACCCUGGGGCGGAGAUGACGACGAUGAGGAUCAGCUCAAGGACGAGACCGGGCUUACGCUGAGGUGUUAUCCGAUGGAGCAGGAGGAUAUGCCGGAAGAUCAGGUUUGCCCCAUCACGGGCAAGCCAUCCCGGGAAUGGGCCAUUUUCGCGCUGGCCUACUGAUCAGCGCUUUAGCAAUUUCUAUUCUGCCCCGCAGAAAA